CGCCGUUGGUGCGGGGCGGCGCUGGCAGCGCGCUCGCGGAGUCUCCUUGGGGCCGUCCCCGCGGCGGGCCGAGAUGGGCGGCGGCGGCAGCACCCGGCGGGUCACCUUCGAGGCGGACGAGAAUGAGAAUAUCACUGUGGUCAAGGGCGUCAGGCUCUCCGACAGCCUCAUCGACCGGAUGAAGGAACCCUCCUCGCCCUCUGGGAGAUCCCCCCGCUCCUCAGGUGCAGUUAAUAAUGAAGAGCUGAAGAAGAGAAUAGCCGAGGAACUGGCCUUAGAACGAGCCAGGAGAGACUCCGAGGCCCAAAAGAGGAGGUGGGUUCAUUGAUAACAAACAGGAUUUCAG